UCAGUGGCCCGUGACCGGACUCAUACUCCAGUACAGGAGGUGGCGGUGUAUGCACCUCACAGUUUGACGCAAUCCGCUAAUUCAAUUUAAAGAAGAAGAAGAACGGCGGGGCCUAUUCAAGAAGGUGUGCUUAUGGCGGUGACGGAGAUUGCGACUUUUUGAAUUGUUAAGGCUUCCCCAUCACUCUUCCCCUUGGGGUUAUCCUGCCUCUGGUGGUCCCAGCGUUUAUCAGGUUGUAGGGAGGGACAGCUCUGAUGAUGGAGAAUGGACAGGGCACAGGUGGGAAGCUUGGCCUGCCGCCUCUCACCCCGGAGCAGCAGGAGGCUCUACAAAGGGCAAAGAAAUAUGCCAUGGAGCAGAGCAUUAAGAGUGUCUUGGUGAAGCAGACCAUUGCCCAUCAGCAACAGCAGCUCACCAACUUGCAGAUGGCAGCAGUGACAAUGGGCUUUGGAGAUCCUCUCUCACCUUUACAAUCGGUGGCGGCUCAGCGUCAGCGUGCUCUAGCCAUCAUGUGCCGGGUGUAUGUGGGCUCCAUAUACUAUGAGCUCGGGGAGGACACCAUCAGACAGGCCUUUGCCCCUUUUGGCCCCAUCAAGAGCAUUGACAUGUCAUGGGACUCCGUUACAAUGAAGCACAAGGGCUUUGCCUUUGUGGAGUAUGAGAUCCCGGAGGCGGCACAGCUGGCUUUGGAGCAGAUGAACUCAGUCAUGCUUGGGGGCAGGAACAUCAAGGUGGGGCGGCCAGGUAACAUUGGUCAGGCGCAACCCAUCAUCGACCAGCUGGCAGAGGAGGCGCGCGCCUACAACCGGAUCUUCGUGGCUUCCGUCCACCCUGACCUCUCAGACGAGGACAUCAAGAGCGUCUUUGAGGCCUUCGGGAGGAUCAAGUCCUGCACGUUAGCCAGGGACCCCACCACAGGAAGACACAAGAGCUUUGGCUUCAUCGAGUAUGACAAGCCCCAGUCGUCCCUGGAUGCAGUGUCCUCCAUGAACCUGUUUGACCUGGGGGGCCAGUACUUGCGGGUGGGCAAGGCCGUAACCCCGCCCAUGCCCAUGCUGACCCCCACCCAGCCUGGUGGCCUGCCGCCCGCUGCAGCCGUGGCUGCUGCAGCAGCCACCGCUAAGAUAACGGCCCAGGCAAGUAUGAUUCCCUUCCAAAGGGAUCUAUUGGCCUUCCAGGAGGCUGUGACCGGGGCGUCCAUCUUGGGGGCGAUGGCCGGGGCGAACCAGAUGGGCCAAAUGAGUCAGAUGGGACAAAUGGGACAAAUGGGUCCGAUGGGCUCCAUGGGCAUCCCUCAGGCAGUCAUGGCUGCCCAGGCCCCCGGAAUGAUCACAGGUGUGUAUCGAGACAUGUGUGUGACACCAGUGCGUCCUAACCUGCCAGUGCUGCCCCAGGUGGGCCUGGUCAACCCUGUGCUGGCCUCACCGCCUGUGAUCACCAACCCGGCCCAAAUCAACCCCUCUCUACAAGAGCUUCAGAAGAAGAAGCAGGAGGAGAAAGAGAUGCUGCAGGAUGGGACAGGCCAGGAGAUGUUGAGCGACCAAGAACACAUGAGCAUUUCCGGAAGCAGCGCCAGGCACAUGGUCAUGCAGAAACUGCUGAGGAAAUCAGAGUCUACGGUGAUGGUGUUACGGAACAUGGUGGGGCCAGAGGACAUCGAUGACGACCUAGAGGGCGAGGUGACAGAGGAGUGCGGCAAGUUUGGUGCCGUCAACCGGGUCAUCAUCUACCAGGAGAAGCAGGGGGAGGAGGAGGAUGCCGAGAUCAUCGUCAAGAUCUUUGUGGAGUUCUCCAUGGUCUCGGAGAUGAACAAGGCCAUCCAGGCACUCAACGACCGCUGGUUUGGGGGUCGCAAGGUCAUCGCGGAGGUCUACGACCAAGAGCGCUUUAACAGUAGCGACCUCUCCGCAUAAACUGUCUGAAAUGGUCGCCCAACACCCAUCCCAUACCCGUUGCUCAAACUCACUUCAGCCACUAUCACUGCUGCUAGAGAUUUGGGCCUCUUUUUAAAUUGUAAUUUUUUUUAUUGAUGUUGAUAUUAAUAUUAUUAAUGGUCUCUUUUGAGGGAUUGGUUAAGAAAAUAAUAUUUGCACCUCAUGGAUUUUGUUUUGUCACCUACUGUGAAGACUUGAUUUAUUUUGUAUUAUUUGCAGUUUUUUUUUGUUAUCAAAUUGAGAAGUCAUUAGGUUACCCCCAUUUUUAAGUUGUCAGGACUCUUUAAAAAUCGUUUUAGAGCUAUUGGUUCCCAUUUACCCACAAAUAAAUUCUUCAACUAUG